AUGUCUCCUAGGAGGUCUUCUUCAAUGUUCCAGUCAUUGCUGCUGCUGCUGAGUCUAAUGGCUGUAGUGAAGGCGGGAAUACCAAUCCCACGAAAUCCAGGAUGUCCAACUACUGAGGGCAAGAACUUUCUCCAGAAUGUCAAGAUCAACCUGAGCAUCUUUAAUCCCCUUGCCCAGAAAGUGAAUUCCAGAAGGUCUUCAGACUACUACAAACGAUCCACAUCACCUUGGACUCUCCACCGCAAUGAGGACCCUGAGAGAUACCCGUCUGUGAUCUGGGAGGCAGAAUGCAGCUUCUCCGGCUGUAUCAACGCGGAGGGAAAGGAGGACUACCACGUGAGUUCUGUCCCCAUCCAGCAGGAGAUCCUGGUCCUGCGGAGGGAGCCUCAGAACUGCCCACUCUCCUUCCGCCUGGAGAAGAUGAAGGUGACUGUGGGCUGCACCUGUGUCACUCCUGUCGUCCGCCACGUGGGCUGA